AUUCUGCACCAUGAUCAGGGAACUGUUGUAUACAGGACACCACACAGGAAGGUAUGGCCACUGACAUGUUUGCCAAGGUACUUACCACCUAACAAAAUGCCGAUAGGCACAAUAUCUGUAUCGGCUGGGAAUGACAAUGAAACGUGAAAGGUCACUUAGUUAAAUUAGCAGAACACUGUGUCUAUGGUAUUAUGUAAAGGGUUGUUUGUUCUACAUGGACCUGCUACUACAUUUGAAAGUUAUCAAAACACUUUGUUUAUAGUACGUACAUACAUUCAGGAGGCUACUGACCUAUUCAAAGCAUCUCACCAUACAUCUGCCUGUAGUUAUUGAACUCAACCUGCAGGAGGAUUCCCACUGGGCACAGACGCCAGUUCAACGUCUAGUUUUUAUUUGCAUUUGGUUGAGUUGUCAACUAAUGUGAAUUCAACAUUAAAACAACAAAACAUUUCACCAUGUCAUUGGAUUUAGGGAAAGAAAGUACAAAAUGCCCUUAUGUUCAUGACUUUAAAAAAAAAUCUCAUCAGUUUUCCACAUAGAUUUUUUUUGCUGAAAUGACAUGGAAACAAUGUUGAUUCAACCAGUUUUUGCCCAGUGGGUUGUUUGUUGUGAUUGGAUGGGGGAAAACAGCUGCAGGCAAGGUUCUGACAUGUGUGUGUGUGUGUUGGUGGUGGCAAGGACACACCCAAGAAACACCCACAUCAAACCACACUCCCAAUCCAACUCACGAUUGGCUUCUGUCAUACCCGCCAGCAUUUCUUGAGGAGGAAGACAAAAAAAGAGGCCAAAUUAGCGGGUGAAGUUCCCCUUUAAAUCCAUAAAUAAUUGUUAUUUUUACUGACAAUGUUUUGUUUGUUUUCUAAAUAUUCUUGCCGCCUUUCUUUUUUAAAUGAUUGACCGCUGGAAUAUUUCCCCAUGUAUCUAAUCAUAUACCCUUGAAGUAGGAAGUUUACAUACACAUUAGCCAAAUACAUUUAAACUCAGUUUUUCACAAUUCCUAACAUUUAAUUAUAGUAAAAAUCCCCUGUUUUAGGUCAGUUAGGCUCAACACUUGAUUUUAAGAAUGUUAAAUGUCAGAAUAAUAUUAGAGAUAAUUAUUUAUUUCAGCUAUGAUUACUUUCAUCACAUUCCCAGUGGGUCAGAAAUGUACAUACACCCAAUUAGCAUUUUGUAGCGUUGCCUUUAAAUUGUUUAACUUGGGCCAAACAUUUCGGGUAGCCUUCCAUAAAUAAGCUUCCCACAAUAAGUUGGGUGUAUUUUGGCCCAUUUUUCCUGACAGAGCUGGUGUAACUGAGUCAGGUUUGUAGGCCUCCUUGCUCACACACGCUUUUUCAGUUCUGCCCACAAAUGUUCUAUAGGUUUGAGGUCAGGGCUUUGUGAUGGCCACUCCAAUACCUUGACUUUUUGUUCUUAAGCCAUUUUGCCAAUACUUUGGAAGUAUUCUUGGGGUCAUUGUCCAUUUGGAAGACCCAUUUGCGACCAAGCUUUAACGUUCUGACUGAUGUCUUGAGAUGUUGCUUCAAUAUAUCCACAUAAAUUUCCUUCCUCGUGAUGCUAUCUAUUUUGUGAAGUGCACCAGUCCCUCGUGCAGCAAAGCACCCCCACAACAUGAUGCUGCCACCCCCGUGCUUCAUGGUUGGAUGGUGUUCUUCGGCUUGCAAACCUCCCCCUUUUUCCUCCAAACAUAAUGAUGGUCAUUAUUGCCAAACAGUUCUAUUUUUGUUUCAUCAGACCAGAGGAGAUUUUUCAAAAAAGUACAAUCUUUGUCACCGUGUGCAGUUGCAAACCGUAGUCUGGCUUUUUUAUGGCAGUUUUGUAGCAGUGAGCAGCCUUUCAGGUUAUGUCGAUAUAGGACUCAUUUUACUGUGAAUAUAGAUACUCUUGUUCCUGUUUCCUACAGCAUCUUCACAAGGUCAUUUGCUGUUCUAGGAUUGAUUUGCACUUUUCGCACCAAGUACGUUCAUCUCCAGGAGACAGAACGCGUCUCCUUCCUGAGCAGUAUGACGCAAAGAGGCACUGAGUUUGAAGGUAGGCCUUGAAAUACAUCCACGGGUACAACUCCAAUUGACUCAAAUGAUGUCAAUUAGCCUAUCAGAAGCUUCUAAUGCCAUGACAUAAUGUUCUGGAAUUUUCCAAGCUGUUUAACUGCACAGUCAACUUAGUGUAUGUGAACUUCUGACCCACUUGAAUUCUGAUACAGUGAAUUAUAAGUGAAAUAAUAAUGAAAAUAUAUACAUUUUGUCUUCUCAGUGUUUUUGUCAAUAUGACAUACCCAAAAUGAAAACAUAUUUUUUCAAUUUAGUGUAUUUUCAUUUAAAUACCGUAAAACUUAAAUUAAUAGCCCUUACGUGUGUUUCCUUAAAUCACUGAACACAACAGGUGCUUAUUUGAGCUAGGCGUCUAUUUCCUUAAUGCACACAACUUUUGCAAAUUUGCAUAGUUAAUUGUUUAAUUCCAGCAUUCACUUCCAGCAUUUUAAUACAUUUCUUCAUUUCUAGCACUAAUGUGUUAUCAUUUACACGCUGUGUCACGUUUCUUUUGUCUUAGUAUGCCUCCAUUUCAAAACUUUUUUUUUCUUUGACACAAUAAUUAUUUUCCUCUUUGUCUGUGCAUUUUUGUCAGUUCUUUCUUUCACGACUAGAGGGUAAUUGGCCUAUUUUUACGGGUCUGUACUCCCAGAAUAGUUUUUGUGCUUGCCAGUUAGCUAGCAGUUCUUAGCUGUUUGCGGCCAAUGGCUAGCAGUUUCUUACUGGCGAUAAAAUUAAUGUAUGUCAUUUUUUUUCAGAGUGGUUACUGAAUUAUUUAAUGUAAUGAAUCAAACAUUAAACCUCAAACAAUUAAUGGUAAUUCAUUGUAACCUCUUAAACAAUUAACUUAGACCCCCCCCAGCAUUUAUUUGAAGCAGGCAUUUAUUUGCUGAAGUGUGUGUAGUUGCCAGGCUAUUAAAAGGGACAAGUGGCUAUUUUAGACUGUGUUUAAUUGAAAUUUUACGGUAUCAGUUUCAAAUCUGAUUUUAUUUUAAAUUACACCAAUUUUUUUUACUACUGAAGAGAGUGUUACAGUUAACCCACUUAUUCUCUGGGUUAAUUGUAACAUUUUGUCUUCCGACACUUUCGGUUGAAUUGUAAACGAUUGGUAUGUCCUAGAAACAGAGAUACAGUGUAUAAUGGUAGCUGAGAUAUCUAUGUUGUUUGUAUAAAAAUAUUAAUCUAAAUCAAAUAAUAUUUUCAUAAACAAGCAAAAGACUGAAAGUGUAACAUUGUGCCCCGGUCUCCCCUAUCUGCCAUAUACCCAUGUCCCCCUCCUUGAACAACCACAGUUACAUUUACACAACAUAUUCUCUCCAGCUCCAUAGACAUGACUGGUAGCAACAGUACCAACACCAGCCACUGCCCUUACGCUGAGGAGUGGGACUGGCUUCACACCAUGCAACUGGCCUACAUCCUGGCCACCAGCGUACUGGGGAUUCUGGAUAACGUGUUUGUCCUGUUGGUGUUCUGCCUGCAUAAGAAGGCCUGCACCGUAGCAGAGAUCUACCUGAGCAACCUGGCUGCCGCUGAUCUGCUCCUGGUCUCCUGCCUCCCCCUCUGGGCUGUCAAUGUGGCCAAUGGCUUCGACUGGCCCUUCGGCCCCCUGCUGUGUCGCCUGGUCAACGUGGGAAUCAAUAUGAAUGACUACAGCAGUAUCUAUUUCUUGGCUCUGGUUAGCGUGGACUGCUAUGUGGCAUUGGUGCAUACGAUGAGUAUGAGGAGUCCCUCUUAUGCCAAGCUGGCCUGUUUGUUAGUGUGGGGCUAUGGCCUGCUGCUGGGCACCCCUACCAUGGUCUUCAGAGUGGUGAAGUGGUUCCCGGACUUCCAGGUGACUGCCUGCUUCUUGGACUUGUUCGACGUGCUGCUCAUUGUGUUGGGGAUUACCAUCCCUGUGUCGAUGAUCUCCUACUGCACCUGUCAGCUCAUCCACGCCCUGAAGAACAAGGCCAUGAAGAGGUUCAAGGUGGAGGGCACGGAGAUGAAGGCCACUCUGCUGGUGCUGGCUGUUCUCCUGACCUUCCUGCUUUGCUGGGUGCCCUUCCACCUGUUCAUGGCCCUGGAUGUCCUCCGGGAGCAGGCAUCAUAGACCUUUGGCAUUCUAGUUGUCAAUUUGUUGAGGUAAUCUGAAGAGAUUUCACCCCAUGCUUCCUGAAGGGCACUUCUUACGUACCAUACGGUCAAGCUGCUCCCACAAAAGUUCAAUAGGGUUGAGAUCCGGUGACUGUGCUGGCCACUCCAUUAUAGACCGAAUACCAGCUGACUGCUUCUCCCCUAAAUAGUUAUUGCAUAGGUUGGAGCUGUGCUUUGGGUAAUUGUCCUGUUGUAGGAUAUGGCUUUUUCUUUGCAACUCUGCCUAGAAGGCCAGCAUCCCGGAGUCGCCUCUUCACUCUUGACUUUGAGAUUGGUGUUUUGCGGGUACUAUUUAAUAAAGCUGCCAGUUGAGGACUUGUGAGGCAUCUGUUUCUCAAACAAGACACUCUAAUGUACUUGUCCUCUUGCUCAGUUGUGCACCGGGGCCUCCCACUCCUCUUUCUUUUCUGGUUGUACGAGAUCUUCAGUUCUUGGCAAUUUCUCGAAUGGAAUAGCCUUUAUUUCUCAGAACAAGAAUAGACUGACGAGUUUCAGAACAAAGGUCUUUGUUUCUGACCAUUUUGAGCCUGUAAUUGAAACCACAAAUAGUCUAAAGAAGGCCAGUUUUAUUGCCUCUUUAAUCAGGACAACAGUUUUCAGCUGUGCUAACAUAAUUGCAAAAGGGUUUUCUAAUGAUCAAUUAGCCUUUUAAAAUGAUCAACUUGGAUAAGCUAACACAACGUGCCAUUGGAACACAGGAGUGAUGGUUGCUGAUAAUGGAAAUCUGUACGCCGAUGUAGAAGUAGGCACCCCCGGUUCCAUCGGCAGCGACCCAGGACUGACGUCACCACAGAGUUUGGGAACAGACAGAUAUAGGGAAUGUAAUGACACAAGUAAUUGAGUCCACGUGAGUCCAAUGAUUGCUGAUGUGUGUGACGGGGGGAAGGCAGGUGUGCGUACUGAUGGUGUCUUGAGUGCGUAAUGCCCCUCGAGUGCCAGGGGAGGAAGAGCAGGAGCAGGUGUGACUGCAACGACGAGUCAGCCUAUAGGGAGGAGGUAAGUGAACUGGCAUUUGUGGUGCCAGGACAACAACCUCCACCUCAACGUCAGCAAAACAAAGGAGUUGAUUGUUGACUUCAGGAAGCAUCAGAGGGAUCGCUGCAGUAAAGAAAGAAGUUUUGAGAAUUUUAAUACCCCUUUGAAGUAUCACAUUUUUUAAAAUAUAUAAUUUGAUGAAAAACAUGUUUUGUCCUUACUGCUAUUAGCCCAUACAAACACAUAGAAUAACAUAUUCAAUACAUGGAACAACACAUAGUCAGUCCCAAAAUAAAAUCAGUUUGUUCUGAAGUGUCUGUCCUAUAUCUGAGACAAGAAAUAUUAGUUGUUGUUUUUUUACAUGUACUUAAACACAUGCCCCCCAAUCCCCUCUUACAUGUGUUAAUAUUGUACUUUAAAGUGUGCCUUCCUGUAUUUUAUGUUCAAAUGUUUAUUCUAUUCUACUGAGCCAUUUACUUUAUGUUCAUAUUCAUAUCUUUUAUUAUUUCUUGUUGUUGUUGCAUUGUCGAAAAGGAACCUACAAGUAAGUAUUUCAUUGUACCACUGUAUACCAUGUCUAUCUUGUACAUACGACUAAUACAACUUGAAACUGAAAUUGAAACCAAUGUGUGGGUGAAGUAAUUGAUGAGGAGCAGAGAGGAAAGUAUUUUGCUGCCGGGUCAAACUAAUUGUGGUACUCCUAGGUACCUCAGUCAAAAAGAGUGAUACUGAGUAACCUACAAUAUUAUUCUCCCCCAUUCACUGUAAGGUACCCCAUUCUUUUACUCGUGUCUUGAUAGAAUGAAAACACACUUUUUUGAAUUCCACUGAGGCUGUGCUGACUUACAGUACAGUGAGGGAGGUGUAGACAGAGCGAGUAUCCCAUGAACUUUUACUUUUCUCUUGGGAGACUGAAAACAUACUCUCUGGAUUCCACUGAGUGAAGCUGUGCCGACUUACAGUACAGAGGGAGGGAGGUGUAGACAGAGUCAGUCCACAGAGAGUGUGCUCCAUGUCAUCCAGAUAAGAGAGAAGGACCAUCUGUUGCCUGCAGAGCCUUUUAGAUGACUGUACUGGGUGGUUUAUGUAAAGAGCUGAGGUGUGCUUCACAAGGCAACAGCACGCAGAGCCUGUGUACUCUUACUAAUAUCAAUAUUAGCCCUUCCAUUCUCUUCCUCCCCAGUCCA